CAUAUAAUUAUUUUAUCUUAUCUUAUUUUUCAAGAAUUAAAUUCUCAGAUUAAUUGUUUUUCCAAUAAAAUACGAGAAAGAUGGAAUGCUAAUCUCACCUACCAACAAAUCCAUCACUCCGUGCGAUUGCUACUGUGGGGCCCAUCAUCACCGAGGCUUGACUUCACGUAAAAUUUUACCAACAAUAAGGGCAUUUUAGUAAUUUACCAUCGACAAAAAACCGGGUAAUUUCCGGGUGCAAAGAGGACACUCGGCCUCCGUCUCAAUUUGUGUAUGUGAAUCCUUCAGCCUCCGUGCUGUUUGAGUCCCAGAGUCGUGACUGAUCGGAUUCUUCUUCGAUCCGAUCAACUGAAAAUCUUUGGAACUCGUAACCUGCAUUCUCGAUCGAUUGAUUGUUUUUACUUGUUUUCGUCACAUACACCAAUUUUGAUCGAUUUGUUUCUGUUUUGAUUCUGAAUAUCUAUCUCUGAUCAACUUUCCGGCGUAGAAUCCUAUUGUUUCGAGUCUAAUUAGUAGCGAUAUUUGCUGAGAAGAAUCAGGGAUUUUAGGCUUGAUUAAAAACCCUAAUUUUAAUGGCUUCAAUAAACCUUCAGUCCAGAGACGGCGGCGGCGACGAUAGUUCUAGGUCGCCGAUACGUUCGCGUGGGGUUUCUUCACCAUGGAGUAAGAUCGUACGAGGAGACAGCGGGGAAUUGCCUCUACCGGUAGUUUCUGUUACUCCUCCGACGGUAUCGCCGUCGUUAUCCAUUCAGGAGCAUAUCGCUAUCCCUUCCUCUGAUUGCUCGCCGCCUAAGGCUGUAGCGGAUUCGGCGAGCUCUCCGGAUGAUUCUGGCACCGAAUGUCAGUCUGAGGGUUCUGGUAACGGUGGCGGCGGCGGCAGUAAUGCGGUUAAGAAGCCGGUAUGGAGUAAACCAUCAAACGGUGUCGUUGAGGUCGUCAGUCCAGUUAUGGGUGCAGUUUCCUGGCCUGCUUUAGGAGAGUCUACUAAGCCUUCCCCUAAAUCGUCUUCAUCGGAGUCCUUACAAUCUCUUUCAGAUGGGUCGUUGGUGCCUGCUCUACAGGUGACUGGAAAUCCACCCCCUUCAUCACAUAAACUAGCACUUCCUAAUCAUGUGAAUCCCACUUCAACUCCAAACAAUGUAGCACCUUCUGGACAGAGGUCCCUGAGGAGAGGUGGAGGGAAUUCAGGUGCAUAUAUAUCAUCAAAUGGAGGGUUUUCUCAGCGUUCACCAGCAAUCCAGGAUCCAAAAGUUGAAGCUCCCCGUAAUACAACUGGAAAACCUGCAAAUGUUUCAAUGGAUUCUUAUCCAAAGGACCAGAGAGGAAGCUUCGGAUCACAACCAAACAGUGGUAAUAAUAUCAAUACUAAUACUAAUGAUCAUCACCAUCAAAGGAAUUCUUAUAGAAGAGGCAAUGGUGGACAACAUCCACGUGGCAAUCAGGAAUGGAACCAACAUAGAAGCUUCAACAACAUGCAAUCUCAGAGGGGUGGUUUCCGCAGGGGUUUUGUAAGACCCUCUGUACAUUCUUCAACUCCAUUUAUCCCUCCACAAAUGCACGUUCAAGUUCGCCCUUUUGGCAACAAUUUCAUGUACCCUGUGCCAGAUAUGGGCGCUGCUAUGUUCUAUGUUCAAGGUCCAACUCCACCAGAUCCCCUCAGGUCUAUACCACUGGUUUCACCAAUGCAACCUCCAAUCUACUUCCCUGUUCCUGAUCCAGAUUUGCACAAAAAGAUAGAGAAACAAAUCGAAUACUAUUUCAGUAAUGAGAAUUUGGUUAGAGAUAUAUACUUGAGACAAAAGAUGGAUGAUCAAGGCUGGGUUCCUGUUAAUAUAAUAGCAAGCUUCAAGAAAGUUUCGAUUUUGACUGACAAUGUUCAGCUAAUUCUUGAUGUAAUGCGUACAUCAAAAGCUGUGGAAGUCCAGGGUGAGAAGAUGAGGAGGAGAAAUGAGUGGAUGAAAUGGGUGCUUCCAAGCUCAAUAAAUCAAGAUUCAUUGGCAUCACAGCUUCGGGUGAUUGGAUUGGAUGAGGUGGCAACAGCCAAUCAGGUUCAUAUGGAAAAAUUUUCUGGUCAACAAAGUCAACAACAAGGCACGGUGGCUUAAAUUGAACCUCAUCAGGUACUACACCAUACACACACAUGAGACAGAAUAAGCGAGUUGGAGAGAUGGUAAAACUAAAUCAUACUUUUUUUUUUGGUUCAAAAAAGAAAAAAAGAAAAAAAAAGAGAAGACCUCAAUGAUGAUGCGGGCUAUCUUGGAUUUCCAUGGUAGAUUGAAAUGAUGUUUUGAGAGGCCAACAUUAAACACAUGAAAAAAUAAUAAAACCCAAAAAAAGGUAAAAUAAAAAAGGAAAAAGGAUAAAAAAAGUUGAAUAAGACAUGAAAAGAUAAAAAAAAGGAUAGAUUUAUGGUUGACUUUGGAGAAUGAUUUGUUGGAUGUUAUUAUGACUUGUUUUUGUUUUUGGAUCCAUGAAAAUUAGAUACGAUUUUUUUUUUUCUUUUUCGUGUGUAUGUUGUGGUUGUUUUUUUUAGAAGUUGGUUGGUGGUGUUCCUCUUCUUUAGGUAGUAUGAUUUUCGUGAUCUCAUGAGCUCUUUGGCAAAUAUGGUAGUCGUCAUGUGUUGACGUAUAAUCUCAAAUAUUAAGUAAUAUGAAAAGACUAAUUUUACGUUUUUAAAAGUUGAAAUUGAUGUAGAUGUCAUGUCAAAGGAAUUUGGAAUAGUUAGAAUGUAAAUUCUAGUAAAAAUUACAUUUGGUUGACAAAUUCAAAGGAAUUGGUUUUAAAAAAAACAAAAAUGUCAUUAUAUUUGAUUUUUAGUAUAGCCUUGAUUAAUCGAAUGAAAACAAAUUAUCAUCAUCUCUCUAACAUUCC